AUGACCAGUAAGAGACUUACCGUCACAAUUACCUGUGAUGGGCUACAAUCUCAGCGACUGGCUGAAGAUUGUGAUAGGCUGAGGUCCACCUCGCUUACCGUCCAAGAUUUGGUGACUCUGAUGGUUGUCUUGGGGGCCGGCCGAGGGGGUGAAAGUGGUGAGAAGGGAGGAGCUUCGGCAGAUUACCAGCCUGCAUUUAGGGGAUCUGCUGCAAGGCCUGGCUUUGAUCAUGGAGGAGAAGGUUAUGGUGUUGCUCCAUCUAGUUCUCUUGGUUUUGCUUGA